UUGGUGUUAUCUUCCGACACACAGCUCUGCCUUGUGCGCGUGCCACUGCUGUCAGCUCCUGCCUCACCCCGCAGGAGAGGCGCGUUGUGUGCCCACGAGCAGUAACACACGGACAUAUUUACAGACACACACAGCCCUAGCUCUCACACUUGGACAAGAAGGUUGCUUCUUUUUUAUUUUCAACUGUUUAUUGUGAAUUACAACUUUUAUCAAAGGUGGUGUUCCAGUUUGACAGUGCCUCUGAGCUGGCUCCCUACCCCCAUGAAGUGCUCGCUGUGGAAGUUGCUUCACACUUGUGAUUGCUCAUGCUCUGGCUUGCUGGAGGCUAUGUACCUUCACACUUCCAUCUUUUCUCCAUGCUCUAUCAUGUUUUUAAAAUCAUUCCUAAGGUGUUUGCAGAGCUGGAUGAAUGGAAGUGAGAGGUGUCCUUCCUCUGGAAGGUGUGAACAUGUUUGUUCUGGAGACGGGGUUGUUGCUUGUUGCAGCUGGUGGCUCUGCCAGCUCUGGAUGUCUGAAAUCACUUUUCCUCUUACCAUUUCACGGAGGCUUUUCUAUUCUUUUUGGUAAAAAUUUGGACAAAUGAGUUGAAAUAUUCACUAGCUCUUAACCCUAUGUCAAAGCAGAGACACCGUCACGUUAAGGAUGUGUUUGCGAACUCAUCCAAAAGAAUGAGAAGUGACAGUGUUAAUGAGAAAACUCUACAUUUUUUUGUGGCAUUUCCUGUUAAAACAUGGCCAAUGAUUCAGUGAUUUGCUUUUUAAAUUAAAAAAAAAAAAAUAAAAAAAUAGUAGUUUGAUUUAAUUUUAAAGUACUGCACAGAUGUGAACUUUGUCAUGUUUGGUAUCCCAUCUACAAUAAUACCUUCCUGUGUCAAAGACAGCUGGCUGGAAUCCAAAAGUUAAAUAACUUGGUGAGACCUCCGGGAAGCAAUAUACUCAUUUUGGAUGAUUAUAGGAGUUCCUGACUUUGUGUUCUGCCCCAACAAGUCAAGCUAUCCGUCUGCAGAUCACGAUUUCCAACGUAGAGUUACUGCUGAGCUGUAGUGUGACAGUCUUUGUGCUGCUUCUAGAAAUGCUCCUGAUCCCUUGUCCCUUGGAUAAUAUGAACUGUUGCCUAAUAUCAUUAAAAAAUCAUGCAUGGGAUCUGAAAGUGGUCCCUAAGAGAGAAAGCUGGUGGAUCUGGGUCCCUGCAUGACAAGAAAUAGCUGGUUCUCCUGCAGGCUGCCUCACCUCUGCCCGCUGCUGAAGAUGCAAAGUGACCGCAGUCAUGGAGCUGGGAGUUCUGUGUGUCUUGGCAUGUGUGCGUGCAGAGACCAGUUUCUUCAUGAUGAAGUUCCGUCUUCAGUAUCACAACUUGCAACAAAGGUUCAAGGCGCAAGUUUCCGGGGCUGGAAGGAAGUGACGUCUAUGUUCAAUAAAGAUGACGAACAGCAAUUGCUAGCAGGAUGCAAGUCACCAAAAUCCAAAGGAACAAACCUAAAAUUAAAGGAAGAGAUGAAGUCAGAAAAGAAGACAGGUUUUUGGGACAGUUUGGUGAUAAAGCAGAAUGUCCAAUCUAGGAAACCAGAUGAGAUUGAGGGAUGGGAACCGCCACAGAUUACUGCUGCUGACUCUGCCAGUGACGCAGCAACUACUUUAAGUGACUAUACAGCCUGGUCAGGCUGGGAAGAUGAAACCAAAGGCUCCACAAAAUACACAAACCUGGCCAGUUCAGGAAACAGCUCCAGGUGGAGUAUCAAAUCAGCUGGAAAGCUGGUUAGUAUUAGACGUCAGAGCAAAGGUAACCUUACUGACAACUGGGAAGAACUAGAUUGAUACCGGUAAUGUGAGUUACUUUAUAGAUAAGAAGAGAAAGGUUCCAUGAUUUACUCGUGUGUUUAAACCAAAAUCAAAUCUGCUCAAUAUUGCACCUUUAUACAGUACUUUGUUUUAUUCAGAUUGUUACAAAUUUUUGCUCACCUAAUAGUAAAUUUUCUUAUUACAUUGUUAAAUAGCUAUGUUUUCCACACUGAAAAAAGUAGAGAAUCUAUUUUGUGCCUAUAUUUCACAUUCAGACUGCAGUACGUUGGAUUGUUGGUUUUACCAAAAAAACAAGACGUAAUUCCUUUGUGAAUGUAUACACUGGUUGUAAAUUUGACUGCCUUAUGUAGGAACUUCCACUAGCUCGAGGUCCUUUUUUUUCCUGGUAUUUGAGGGUCACUCAAAAUGUUAGUUUUGAUGCUGUCCCUUUUUAAAUAAGAAUACUGAUCUGUAGCUUGCAGGAAGAAAGCUUAUACUUGGUGGACUGUUUUCCAAAUCUUCAGCCUCAGCAUACGCUUCAGCUUGUGCACACAAGAUGCUCAACUGUCACACUGUGCUGUACUGCAUAAGAAAUGGGAAAAUACUACUCUAAGGUAAUUCCUUCCAUUACAGGAACUUCACCAGUAGUCAGGUCAAAUGGGUCUUCCAGAGUUUUUUUUAUAGUGAAUGUUGUUUGACAAAGCUUACCGGUUUUUAAGAUGCGUGUCAUGCCAAAAAUAAAAAUGAUCGAAAAUUUGGAAAGCAGUAGUGGGUAGAGUAUAAGAUCUCGGUAUUCAGUAUCUGUAGUCCUGAAUCUAGGGAUGAGUUGCUUCUUAUGGAAGGGCAAAUGUGUUCAAUUUUACAGUGGCUGACCUCUGUUUUACAGUUUUUUCGUUUCCUACUGUCUGUUGCCCUUUCCCCGCCCCUCCCUCCAUAAGCAGUGACUGAACUGUACUCUGGCAUUUUGGGAUAACUGAGCCAUUACAGGUAUGUGCAUGCACACAACUCGUGAAGCGUUUAUAUAUAAAGCUCUGUCUUAUUAGCUACUGAUGCUUUUGGUUUUGGUAAACGGGGGCGAAGUGUUGACCUUGGGAUUUGACGUGUAUAUAGAAUACUAAAAGUGCCUCUUUCUAGCAUAUUCUCGCUCAUUAUUAGUGCAGGCGAUGUCAGAUCCAAAGUUGGUUUCCAUUUUAUUUAUAUGACUGACAAACGCUAUUUUACCAUUCAUGGAAGAAAAUAAGACCCAAAGUCCCACAACAACAUGAACAGUAAGCCUUUUCUCUCCUGAUUGUUAAUCUGGUGUAACCGAACUGAAAACUUAGCAGUAUGGCCAGUACAAUCAGAAGACCAAGUUACCCUUGGAGAGAAAAUCAACGUUUUUAGAAAGAAACAUAUACCUUUAUAUUUAAUGGAAAUCCUGUAAACAUAUUUUUGCAAGAAGCUUAUGCUUAUGAAAAGGGAUGCAUGCAGUUUUCUUCUAAGCUUGUACCUUGUUUCUGUUACUGCCACAUUAUUCCUUUCUUAGUGCUCUUUCUCCUCUCCUCCAAUUCAUGUGUAGUUUUCUGGCUUAUGGCUCCUGCAUAGCUGUUCUUUGGAAAUUCCUGUUGAGAUGUGCCUGGAGGGAAACAAGCAAAAUGGCUGUUUGUUUGUUUGUUUGUUUCCUGCUUAAUAGGACACUAAAAGAUAUUUUUCUAUACAAAAUUAAGGACAACGUUGGGCUACAAAACAGGAUCUUGUAACUUGUAAAUGUAUUUAUAAAAUUGGCAUUAUAUAUUAAAAAAAUACUAACAGAGGAGAAAGGGUUAGCAUUUAUACUGCAUCAUUUAGUCUGUGAGUAAACUCCAUAUUUGCCUUUGGCAAGUACAUAUGCUGAGGUUAAUUAUAGGAAAGAAUUAGGAUUCUUGGGUAAAGUAUGCUGCAUUUUAUAGUUUACGGAAUACCCUGUAAGGCAUGAGCUAGUAUUUAGUUUGGAUGUUGGUGCUGACAUAAAAGAACAGAAAAAGAUCUGCUGGCAGCCCUCGAUGUUUUGCUCUCAGAGGUGGGCUGAGAACUUUUCAUUUCCCUCCUGAAGAAACUGUUUCUACUGUGACCAGUAAAGGUUUGCCUUGCACAUUAUACUGUCAAGUGCCUGUUUCUCACCUUGAUGAUGUGUUUGAUGCACAGCUUAGCUGCAAAAUUUUUCAGUUUGUUUUUAAAUUUAUGACAAAGAACAUGCUCACAAAGCUGAAGUCUAGCAUAAAACAAAAUUGCAUCUAAGUGGGAAACUGAGAUAUGUAAAUGUAAGGUAUGAUUCUUAGCGAUGGAAGUUUUGGUGUGCUUUUUAAGUGAUACUUCCUCAGAAAUAAUCGUUCUAAGGAUGAACAUUAUUAAAUUUAAUAUAAUUUAUUGUUAUGCUUUGAUAAUGUAUUUGUCUUGAGAACUCACCGGCGUGAGCUUUUCUUCUCUUAUGUUUAUAAACUUGUCUGAAUUUUCAGAAUGGGGUCCCCUUUUCUUUUCCCUUCUUUAAAUGCUUAACUACAUUAUACAUUUAUGGGCUUAAACUAUACACGGCUCCAUAUGUGGAAUAAGUGUAGAAUAUGUCCCUUACUAUUUGUUUUGAAAUUGCAUUUCAGUCUCUGUGAAAUGGUUUAGAAGAAGAUAGCAUUAAGAUUGUAUAAUAAGAUUGCACAAAAUAAAAUAUAGUUUAUAUUGCUUUCUCGUAGCCAAUCUGCAUGAUUGUUGGCGUGGUUUUAACGGGAAUUAAAAGCUUUGUGUGGCUGUAACUAGUCACUUAACUCUCAGCAAAGUUUUCUGAGUAUUUUUAUUUAUUAGCAUCAUUUGCAAAAAGAAAAAUAGUAUUUUCCAUAUGAAUAAAGAUUUAGUUUGAACUGAAA